AUGGAGCAAAACACGAGCAAAUCAGCCGGCUGGAGCUUCAAGCCGCCACGGCAGGAGCUCAACCUGAUAAAGUUCUGCUCACGUUUCGAGCCGCUGGACAUGCCUACAAUCGCCCAACUUCGCGAAGAGGUUCGUAUUUUCGAACGUUUGUUUCCGGUCUAACAUAAUUCUAAAAGACAGUCUGCGCAAGCAAAGAACCCGUAAUUUGAGCAUGCCGGCCAAGUCUGAAAUUGCGAAUCCAAAAGACAAAGAAAGCGCCACCACCAGUCGCCAGGCCCAAACAGCAUUUCACGUUUUACGACGUCAUAAUAAGACGCUUCGAAAAGAUAAUAGGACCGUUUUGAGAGUUUAAUCUCACCCUUUCGUUGCUAAAAAAAUUUUUGAAAAAAACAGACGCAGAUUGAAAAUUUUUAGAUCAACGUUUUGAUUACUUCCGACAUCAAAAGAGAAAAUCAGUUAAUUUGUUUCAAAUAUAAAAUAUUUCUACUUUGUGGAAGUUCGUUUCUUGCAAUUUACCAGAACGCUUUUCAAUGCGUCGAAUUCGGAAUGUCUGUCGUACAAAGCUCUUAUCUCGAAGUUAAGUAUCAUAGCUGAUUUUCUUAGACAAAGUGGUUAAAGAAGAUUCGGAAAAUGGCGAAAAAUUGAAAGUUCUGCAAGCUGUGAUUUGUUAAAACACAAUGGAGCGUAAAGGGCUUCUUCAAAAAAGUUUUUCAAGUUUAUUUUCAGAUCAACGCAGCUCAUCCCGAAGAUAUGAUGAUGUUUCUGAAUAUUUUGCCGCCAAUGGAGCAAAUCAUCCAGCAAAUACCUUACACCUUGCCGCUUCUAGAAACUAUCUUCCACAAGUGCAUCUCGGUGAGAUCCAAAUGGGAAGAGUCCAUUCGUUCAAUUUGAUCGACUUUUUUUCUGUUUGUUUUUCUUUUGGCGGUUCGGAUUUGAAGUCGCAGGACAAAGUUUCAUGUUUCACUUUUUGGCUAUUAAUGGAGUCGGCCUUUUUUUCUCGCGAUGAGGGGUUUUUUUUCUAAUUGCAAAAAAAGUAGUGACUUGUUCAAAAAAGAAAAUGGAUGAAUUCGGAGAGGCCUUUUAAUGAAUUCACGACACGUUAUCAGUAUCGGGAAGUUUUUUUUUGAAGAUUUUUUGAGCCGUUUGCACAAAAUUCAAUUUGAAAUUAAGAUCUUGCUCCUACUUCAACAAAAAAAAACGUUCAACAAGUCAAUACGGUUGAAAAACUUUUUUCUAUUUUUUGUUUCUUCUCCUAUCUAACUUACAAUUUUUCAAUUUUUGUUCUUUGAGACGUCAGAAAAAGAUGGAGUGGCGUUUCCAAAGAACGACCUCUGCUGCGACCAACUAUUCUGUCAACUGGUCUGGUGGAUGGCUUUUAGUGAACAGACCAACAGUCCAGCGCUUCGCAAACAUUUGCCGUCUUUCCUGGUUAAUUUUUGUUUUUUUUCUUCGAAAAUUAGGCUUCCAUUUUCGAGAAAUUAAUCCCACGCUGCGCAAAAACUGGAAUUGUUAUUCUGAUGAACUUUGGUUCUUUCGUGCUCUGAGAACGAUAAUCUGAUCUGAAAAAAAUGUUUCUCGAAGUUAGGUCUGUUAGGGAACUUUUUUUAAAUUGUGAUAAAAAAAUUUUGAAAGAAAAAUUUUUUUGGAGAUUUGUCAAGCUUUUUGUUGAUGAAUAACGGAAGCCUAAGUUAGACAAGAAAAAUCGGAGAGAAUAAAUUUUUCGAUUUUAUUCUCAGUUUAGUUUUUUUGUCGUAAAAGCAUAACUGUUUGGUUAUUAGAGAAAAUUAUGGAUGACUUAUAAAAAAUUUUCUUUAUUGCUGAAAUUUCUACGCGUUUCAAGUGAAAUAACCGCCGAAUUCUCUCGGAAAAUAUUUCAAUUCCGAGGAAGUUGGCGUUAGCAAAAAAGAAAUGAAAUCGAAAACUAUCAAAAACUUCAAAGAUUUUAGGAAUAUCAGUCUUGCGUUCAAUCCCUGAUGAGCGCUAUCGGUGAACACUGUCCUCAUCUUAUACGUCGAGCUCAAGAAGACAGAUCCCAAAUGGCAGCAUGUCUGGAGAGUCUCGGAUGUCACGGCCUUGUCAAUUGCUCUUCAGGACUCAUAAGGUCUAUCUCAAUUUAUACUCUGUCUAAUUGGUCAUAUUCUUUCUUCCAGAAUUACGGACGCCGUUUACUUGGAAAUGCUGAAAUAUUUAGAGCAUAUCAAAAUGUUAUGCCUACAAGUCAAAGAGUUUUCAACGCCUAAAGUUGGAGGAUCAGGUGAUUUGACAAGAUUCAUACGCUCUGAUGUUAAGGUGCAUUGUUCAAAAAGUCGCAGUUUUUUUUUGGUGUUUCUGAUCGUUGCUUGAAACAGACCGGAAAUUGAGAAAUUGAUUCGAAAAGUUUUUGUUUUAGCAGAUCCCUCUUUCGAGAGCCACCAGAGGCAAAUGAGCAUGAGACUCUCACAAGUUUACCAGAGGUUGAAACUCAACGAAACAAUCGAAUGUUUCCUCACUGAAGUCUGUCAAAACCAACAAGUUUGUAUCGUUGAUUGGAAAUUUGAAUGAAAUAAUUCCAGAUAACUUCACUUCUAAGAAUCGUUCGUAAACGUGUGGGAUCGGAUAAGUCGCUGAUAGGACUUUUCAACGCUUUUUCUCGAGCAGCUCCCGACGACUUUGAGUUGCAGCAGCUUGAUCCAAUUAUUGCACAACUAAUAGUGCUCUUCAAGAACUCUUAUGACAAAGUGAAGCGAAUUAUUCAAAACGCUUUAUGCUCGCUUUUUUCAGCUCCUUUCAAUGUGUCCCACAAACAAAAUUGGGAAUGAAGGCUCUCCCACAAUUUCGAAUACUUCGACCUCAUCCUCUCGGACAUGCUCCUCCUCAAGUAAUUGAAUAUUUCGGUUUUAAUCAAUUUUUGAUUUUGAGACACGAGUAAUUUCUCAACAUCUGACAAUGACAAUGAAAAAGAGAACGUGAGGAUAGAGCGAUUGAAAGAUGAAGUGAGAAAGUAAACGAAGUUAAUCGUUUCUGAUGAUUUUUCAAGGUUCAAAAGCUGAGAAAAGAACUGCGUCUUGCAAACUACACAAUCACCGAACUGCGCAAGAAAGUGGAAGCAAGUGAAGAACCGUCAGAAUGGUUUAUAUUAGGAAAUAAAGGCUUUGUUUGAAUGGAUUCUUACAGCUCUAUACCGUUUCCGGACUACCCAGACGCAACUUCGUACUACAACUGCUCUGCAAAGGAGCAAAUUAGCCUGAUUGUAAAACGUCUUAGCGAGUUGUUCAUUUACGCGAGUAAUGUUAGUGAAUUAGAGUGAAAAAACGUAUUCUUUCUUUUUGAGGACGUUCGAGGCGAGAUUGACAAUUUCCCGGAGUUUUUAGAUCAGCCAAAUUUGCAAAUGGAAGUUAUUCUCAGAUCAUUACUGGUCAGUUAUUGAAACUCUUCAUUGAAACAUCAAAAAAAUGUUUAUUAGUACAGAAUUUGGUUAACAAUAAGCUUUUAGGGGUGCCACACUGCUGUUCUAAAUUACGUGAAGGGCAAGAAAUCAAAGUUAAUCAUCGAAAAAACGUCUAGUAAGCUUCCUCUAGCGGCUCAUUGAGCUAACAAACAACUGCAGGCGAAGACGAGCCUUCUACGGACGCUCACAUUCUCGACGCUUCAAUUAACGCUUUCUUAUAUCGUCAGUUCAAAACGAAGGGCGAACAAAUAUCCCACGUUUGAUUGAAAACUAUUAAGGAGGAAAAUAAGUGGUUUUCAGGAGCUGAUUGAGCUCCAAUCGAGCAACUUCGCCAAAUAUCCCUCACUUCAAUCAUCUUUCAAAUUUAAGCGCUUUCUGGAGGAAUGCUUGGCUGUCUGCUGGGAUAUUGUCUGCGGAGUUGAGAAGAGGUUCCUGACUUAUUUUUAUUCGAUUGCGAGAACUGUGAAAUAUCAUUUUUCAGGAUGAAAAGGAAAUCUGAAGUCUCUCACUAUUUUUCCUUUUUCAGAAAAUUAGCUGCAGAUUCUCGAACAAUAUUUUCAAAGUUUCGAUAAUUGAAAAUAGAGUUUUUUUUCUCUAGUGACUUUUACAGUUUAAAUUAAACGAAUAGGGAAAAAAGGCAAUAAGAAGUUUCUGAGCUCGCAAUAAAAACAUUUCCUUUUUUGUCGGAAAUUGGAUGAUAACUUUGCCCAAAUCAUGCUUACAGUUUUUACUGGAAUUCUCGAAUACAGAAGGCAAAGAAAUUCGAUAAAGUUCUCUGUAGUCUUGAUACCAGUUUGUAAUCAUUUUCCUUCUCAGAUCAUUUGCUUUAACAGUUUAUCUCGUCCAACCCUUUUUUUUCAAAUCAACCCCAGUAAAGAAGAAUAAGAGGUAAAUAAUAUUAGUUUUUCAAGUCAUUGUGAGUAGAAUACGUCUCACCGACAAUUUCUGUUCGUAACGAAUCCUACCUGAGACAUUCAAAAUGUUUUCCAUCAAGACUCAAUUAGAGCUGUCAUCUUUCCGAGUACACGAGUCGAUUAUAAUUCGAAUUCAUUAGUGUGACUGAGUCAGGUCGACAACUCUUGAAAUGCCCGCUCUUUUCAAGUUCAUUUCAAAAAAUCAAAGCGGACACAAGGACAUAAUUGACGAUGAAAGGCAUUACAGACUGACGCUCGAGUAUGAGGGCGAGGAGUUGGUCGGGAGCAGACACUCGCGUGGAACGCACUCCAGCAGCUCCUCUCGCAUUCGGCAAUUCCUUUGGCCCGGCCUCGUCGACGCCAAUUCCAACCGUGUUUAUCUCAAAGCCAUUGUACUUACCUGA